GGGAGUCAGGGUGCUCCUGGCCCCGCCCAUCCCCCCUCCCUUCUCCCAUUUCCGGGGCCCGGAGCCGGCACCUUCCCAGCGCUGAGCCCGGCGGGACUGGAGCCAUGAGCGGGCCGGGAGCGGAGCCGGAGCUGGAGCUGAUGGAGACCCUGAAGGAACAAGCCAUUGAGAAGUACGAAGAACUGAAAAGCGAGAAUAUGAAAACAAAGGAUGAGUACGAUAAGGUGAGGCAGGAGCGAGACGAUGCUGUCAAAAAACUGGAAGAGUUUAACAAAAUUUCCCACAUGGUUAUCGAAGAAGUCAGUUUCAUCCAAAACAACCUGGAGAUUGAGAAGUCGUGUCGAGAGAGCGCCGAGGCGCUGGCAACAAAGUUAAACAAAGAGAACAAGACCCUGAAACGGAUUAGUAUGCUGUGUAUGGCCAAACUGGGCCCCGACGUCAUUACUAAGGAGAUCAACUUAGAUGAAGAAGAACCAUCGGCCGAAGAAGCAGAAACUUCUGUUUGCUCCUCACUGAGCUGCCAACAGAGAAUAAAAGAGCUACAGGACCAGGUUAUUACUGGACAAGAGGAGAAGAAAUCGGUGACCCUAGAACUGGAAGAGUUGCGCUCAAUGUUUUUGGGUUUAAUUGAGGAGGUGAACAGCACAAAGAAGGAAAAUGUCACCCUGGCGAAGGAGGUGUUUGAGCAGCGCAAACUGCUAGAUAAAUGCAACCGAGUGUCUUUAUUGGCUGUGGAUGAAUAUGAGGAAUUGCAGAGCAGUUUAGACAUGGAGAAGGACUUGCGCCAAAAGGCAGAAUCCAUCGCUCAUGAGAUGUACAUUGAACAGAACAAGCUGAAGCGGCAGAGCCAACUCCUCCUGCAGAGCUGCGCCCCCGAUGCCCAGUUGCUGAAGGCUCUCGAGGAUAACGCCAGACUCACUCACCUGUUAGAGGAGAGCAAAAUUCAGCAUCAGCUAAAGGUGAAGGAGCUGGAAGAGGCGCUGGAGGAGGCUCGGCUGAGGAAAGAGGUGCAGAGCCUGAAGAAGCAGCUGGAACUGAUAGAGGAGGAUAAGAGGGAAUUGGAGGCCAAGUGGCAGAGUUCAGAGUCGGCAGUGAAGGACCUAAAGCACUCAGUGGAUGAGCUACAGAAACGAGUACAGCAAGCGGAAAAAACAGCCCCGCCCCCUCCGCCCCCCCCGCCCCCACCUCCGCCCCCUAUGCCGCCUAAUCCUAUAAGAUCGUUAAUGUCCAUGAUUCGGAAGAAGCCCAGUGUGACAAAACCAGAACCUGCACCAGUUCCGGAGUCUGGGAACGCGGGGGACCUGAAGCGAAUGGCCGUAGAAGAGAUGAUGGAUCGCAUUAAGAGGGGGGUUCCUUUGAGGCCCGUGAACUCUGCCAGCCGAAUAAAGAAGCAGGGGCCCCUGGGAGCAGCAGCACCCCCUGCUGGCAGUGCAGGAGACGUGGAACCUCAAGUCCCGAAUGAUUCAAAUGCAGUGCAGGAGCUGAAAGAGAUACUGAAAACAUUCAGUACCGACAGCACAAAGAAAGAGAAGGACGUCUCUAAUCCCCAUAAAGAAUCGGAACUGGAAAGGAUAUUGCGCCGCAGAAAAGCAACAACGGAGCAAGACGGGUCCAAUCCGACCGGCGCGCUGACCUCCCUCGAAUCCAAAUCGAUGCCCAUCUUAGGCACCGCCUCCAGCCCGUCCCUCAGCCACCGGCGGAAAGAAGCGGAAAUCAAGUGCAGGGGUAACACUGCGGAGGGGCCUCUGCUUUUCAAGGACAAGAAAGAAAGCGCGAAGGUUUCCUCUCAGUCUGCAGAGGCCCUGAGCGACGCGGGAAAGGAGGCUAAGCAAGAUGGCGCCAGCACAGGGUUAAACUUUGGCCUAAACUCGGCGGAAAAGGCCGACUCGCUCCAGAGGGUACCGACGGAAAACGGGGCCCUGGCUGCCGGCAGAAUGAAGGAAACCGACAGCUCUAACUGCUAAUAGGAAGGAAUAUUUACCCUCACUGCCUUUAUAUGGAAAGAGGAGAGAAAUCAUCAAUAUAUCUUCUCUUUUAGCCGCACCACAGGGGCCUCAGCGACACCUCCAGCCUAAGCACAAGGCGGCAGGCAGCGCCGUUACACAUUCUGCCCCAAAGAUUCAUUGGAAAAAGCAAAAACAGACUCUGUCUCAUGUUUCAGCCCCACAUUAGUAAGAGCACAAGGGGGCCAUUCCAUAGUGUGCGAAUGAGUGUACCCCCAAUCUGUGUGCCCCCAUACCCGGCUGGCACUACACACAAGCAUUAUGGCUCCCAGAAAUUGCCUGGCACACGUGAUGCUCAGUCCCUACAUACCUACAUGCAUGCAUAUUACAUAGGCCUGGAGUUUCCUUCCCCCCAAUUUAUUCCCCAGUAUUCCGGCUAUUAGAGCUAACUACUUGCAUCCCGCCCCACACUACUCUCCCUAGGAGCUUCCAUUGCCCAUAGUGCUUACGUGGCACUGCCCUAUGCCUUGUACCUCUCCCACAUGUGUGUCUUGGCCAAAUCCUGGAUUCAGUGCAUCCCUACAAUAUACUGAUGUUGAUAUUGGCUGUGUAUGUGGCUAUUGGCCAGAUGCAUGCUGCCUGGGUACCCAUGUAAUCUGCCCAUCCCAGUACUGCCUGGGUACCCAUGUAAUCUGCCCAUUGUCCAUUCCAGUACUGCCUGGGUACCCAUGUAAUCUGCUCAUUGUGCAUUCCAGUACUGCCUGGGUACCUAUGUAAUCUGCCCAUCCCAGUACUGCCUGGGUACCCAUGUAAUCUGCUCAUUGUGCAUUCCAGUACUGCCUGGGUACCCAUGUAAUCUGCCCAUCCCAGUACUGCCUGGGUACCCAUGUAAUCUGCCCAUCCCAGUACUGCCUGGGUACCCAUGUAAUCUGCCCAUUGUGCAUUCCAGUACUGCCUGGGUACCCAUGUAAUCUGCCCAUUGUGCAUUCCAGUACUGCCUGGGUACCCAUGUAAUCUGCCCAUUGUGCAUUCCAGUACUGCCUGGGUACCCAUGUAAUCUGCCCAUUGUGCAUUCCAGUACUGCCUGGGUACCCAUGUAAUCUGCCCAUUGUCCAUUCCAGUACUGCCUGGGUACCCAUGUAAUCUGCCCAUCCCAGUACUGCCUGGGUACCCAUGUAAUCUGCUCAUUGUGCAUUCCAGUACUGCCUGGGUACCCAUGUAAUCUGCCCAUUCCAGUACUGCCUGGGUACCCAUGUAAUCUGCACAUUGUCCAUUCCAGUACUGCCUGGGUACCCAUGUAAUCUGCCCAUUCCAGUACUGCCUGGGUACCCAUGUAAUCUGCCCAUUCCAGUACUGCCUGGGUACCCAUGUAAUCUGCCCAUUCCAGAACUGCCUGGGUACCCAUGUAAUCUGCCCAUUGUCCAUUCCAGUACUGCCUGGGUACCCAUGUAAUCUGCCCAUUGUCCAUUCCAGAACUGCCUGGGUACCCAUGUAAUCUGCCCAAUGCCCAUUCCAGUACUGCCUGGGUACCCAUGUAAUCUGCCCAUUCCAGUACUGCCUGGGUACCCAUGUAAUCUGCCCAUUGUCCAUUCCAGUACUGCCUGGGUACCCAUGUAAUCUGCCCAUUGUGCAUUCCAGAACUGCCUGGGUACCCAUGUAAUCUGCCCAUUGUCCAUUCCAGUACUGCCUGGGUACCCAUGUAAUCUGCCCAAUGCCCAUUCCAGUACUGCCUGGGUACCUACUAGAUCUGUUCAUUGGCCACCUUAAAUUACUGGGGGUCCAUGUCAUGUGAUCAUUAAGCCCUUGGGCAAUGGCUAAAACAUCACAUGUAUGAAAUGUAUUCCAUGUUACACGCUACUACCUGACCAUGUGAUACAGCUGCUAUGGCUGCCGGACAUGAAUCCCCCGCCAUGACACAAUGCGCCCCAUCUUGUGAGAGACACCUGUUACUGUUUAUAUCUCUAUCUCUAAGGAGAGCCUUAAUGGAUGAGUGCGAUGCGUGCUGAUUCUUUUCAGGAAAUGACACCAAAAUAAUAAAAAAAUUUAAAAAAAUGGGAUUAGUAGAAUCCCUGGAAGUCAGCAAUGGAGGAUAUUCUGAUUUGCCUCCAUAAUUAACUCCAGGUGCUAAUUAGAUCUGUAGCUGCUGAUACCAGCAGAGUGAAGUGCCUAUUGACUCCCAGUGCUACUCUAUCAUUCCACAAGACAGGGUACUGGCGUAACACAAGUGCGCCACCUAUAUACCAGGGGUGCCCCAUGUGACCUUUGCUCUGAUAAACUUCAGUCUCACUUUACUGCUGCGCUGCAAGUUGGAGUGAUAUCCCCCCCCCCCAGCAGCCGAUCAGCAGAACAAUAGUAAGAAAUCCAAGUCUGGCUUGGGACUCCUCCAGUUACAUGGGAGAAAACAAUAGUCAAGGAGGAUAUUACUUAUACAGAAGUGGCUGGUAGGGGCCAUGGCACAUGUGGUGUUUUCAAUUGGUCUUUAUUUUUUAUCUUGUAUAGUUUUUUAAUUAUUUGCUUUUAUCUUCUAAAUCUUGGCAGCUUUCAAAUGGGGGUCACUGACCCCGGCAGCCAAAAAACUAUUUCUCUGUGAGGCUCCAGUUUUAUUGUUAUUGUUCCUUAUUACUUAUCUUUUUAUGUCGGCCCUCCUCUAUUCAUAUUCUUGUCUCUGCCUGGUUGCUUGGUUAAACUGGACCCUAGCAACCAGAUAGCUGCUGAAACUCCAAACUGGAGAGCUGCUGAAGAAAAAGCAAAAUAAUUCAAAAUCCACAAAUAAUAAAAAAUGAAGGCCAAUUGCAAAUUGUAUGAGAAUAGUACUCUCUACAUCAUACUAACGUGGCUUGUGAGCUCCUACGUGUUGAAUCUGUAUUCUGUCCCCGCUAGAAAGCCGACUAGUGCAACUACUAAUCACGGCCGCUCUUGGAAUGAGAACUAAAAUACCAAUGCCUUUGCCUUUAUUGGGAGACCUGACUAUACCCCUCCCCACUCAUCCUUUUGCAGUUAAUAGGAUAUAAAGGAUUUGAUAUGAUUCUAUGAUUUUGUAAAGGUCAGAAAGUGAUUUUAUAACCUACCGCUCGUAUCUGCAUGUACUUGAGAGGCACUUGUGUCCCCCAGAAAACCCUUCCCCCCCCAAUGAUUCACUGUAUUUCUGUUUUUAUGUUAUUUUUAAGCUUUUGCUACUGAGCAUGGAUUACAGCUUCUGGGUUAGCUGCUGGGAAAUGAGCACUAGUUAGGUGGGAAGAUAUUAAACCAAUACAAGUACACUUAUUUUAUACCUUUUAUGGGGUUGUUUUUUUUUUUUUAAAUGUGUGAAUAUUGUUGAUUGUUGAAUGGUAAUAUAUAUAUAUAUGUAUAUGUGAAUGCAGUGUAACGGUUUUCAUUAACUGAGAUUCGGUGCUUGUGAUUAAACGAUUAAAGUGAUGGAAAAAAA